CAGCGAGACAGUUAAAGAGAGUGGCAUUUUAUAUUAAGUUGAGUUUUCCAUCAUUUUUUGAUGGUGAUUUGUGUCUUUUAGCGUUUGUGAAAAAUUGCAUUUUUUAUAGCUUUUAAUUAAUAUAUAUAAUUUAAAACUAGUUGAUUUCUUGACAUAUUAAAUUAUAUAAAAUAAAAUAUGGUUCCUCAAAAUUUAAACAUGGUGGAUGAUAUUUUGAGGUCCACACGUAUAUUUGUGGUACAGAAAAAUGGGGACCUUUCCGACAAAUUUGGCCGAAACAUAAAUUUAAUCUGUGAAUACGACUUACAAGGGAUGGUUGUGAAAAUGUUUACUGAUGAAGAUGUGAAUUCUUGUGCUCAAUACUUAAUCACCAAUGAAACUAAUUCAGCUAAUUUUGGCGACCUAAGUCACAUAAUAAAUUUCGAAUUCGAAACAAUAUGCGUAAAGUUUGAAUCUCAUACAGACUCACAAAAAUUUCGUCAAUGUUUAAGUAGAGUGAAAAAACCUCAAUCUGUUUUUUCAAUGCGAACAGAAGAAUCUUCUGCGUCACAGUAUUUUCAAUUUUAUGGAUAUCUAAGCCAACAACAAAAUAUGAUGCAAGAUUAUGUGCGCACUAGCACAUACCAAAAAGCAAUUUUGGGAAAUUCAAUUGAUUUCAAUGGAAAAAUUAUUCUUGAUGUUGGUGCCGGAUCGGGUAUUUUAUCAUUUUUUGCUGUUCAGGCUGGUGCUUCGAAAGUAUAUGCCAUUGAGGCCAGUAAUAUGGCAAAUUUUGCACAACAAUUGGUUAGAGCCAAUCAGAUGGACGAUCGGAUUGUAGUUAUUCCUGGCAAAAUUGAAGAAGUGGAACUACCUCAGAUGGUGGAUGUAAUUAUAUCUGAGCCUAUGGGUUAUAUGUUGUAUAAUGAACGAAUGCUAGAAACAUAUCUACAUGCUCGCAAGUGGCUGAAACCAGAUGGUAAAAUGUUUCCAAGCGAAGGGGACCUACACAUUGCUCCAUUUACUGACGAAGCACUAUACAUGGAACAAUAUAACAAAGCCAAUUUCUGGUAUCAGAAAUCUUUUCAUGGAGUAAAUUUAACUACAUUGCAUGAAGAAGCGAUGCAAGAAUAUUUUCGUCAACCCGUUGUGGAUACAUUUGAUAUUCGAAUUUGCAUUAGUAAAUCUAUUAAACAUUCUGUUAAUUUUUCAAUGGCAAAGGAAACUGACCUUCAUCUAAUUGAUAUUCCUUUGCAAUUUCAAGCGUUGCAAACAGGGAUUUGUCAUGGAUUAGCUUUCUGGUUUGAUGUUGCAUUUAAUGGAUCCACGCAACAGAUUUGGUUAUCAACAUCACCUAUAUCCCCCUUAACACAUUGGUAUCAAGUUCGCUGCUUACUUCAAAACCCUAUUUACGUAAGACAAGGUCAAACCAUAACAGGUCAAGCCUUACUGGUAGCAAAUAAACGUCAAAGCUACGACGUAACCAUAACUCUGCGUGUUGAAGGUACAAACACAGCUUCAUCAAAUACUUUGGACUUGAAGAAUCCCUAUUUUCGUUAUACGGGGGCUCCUACACAGCCACCACAUGGGACAACAACACAAUCUCCAUCGGAAGCAUAUUGGUCACAUUUGGACACGCAACAAGCAAAUCGAAACGGUACUCAAAUUUUUAACUAUUAAUCAAAUGUACAUGUGUUUGUCAUAAAUCAUAUUGUGAAUGAAACCUAGAAGUUAUUAUCAAUAAGAAAUAUGAAUCAAGGAAAACAAUUAUUUGUAAAAGAGGAUCUUUAGCAGGAUUUUUUGAUAAGAAUUGUUUCAAAAUAUUUUUCUCAAAAGUUAUCUUUUUCCUUCGAUAAAUAAAAUAUGAUGAUGAUUAAAGAAGAAUUCUCGCGCAUAAAAGCUUGGGAUUCCAAAUGUUAA